AUGAGCGAGGCACUGAAGCGAGAUUAUCGUGUGUGCGAGGAGGAGAUAGGGAGGGGACGAUUCGGCGUCGUUUUCAAGUGUUACUCGCCGGAAUCCAGCGAGCAAUUCGCCGUCAAGUCUAUCAAUAAGCUUCUCAUUGCCGAUGACUCCAUUGAUCGUCAAUGCCUUUACAACGAAGCUAAAAUCAUGCACUUGCUUUCCCCUAAUCCUCACAUCGUUCGUAUCUUCGACGUUUACGAAGACGAAACUUAUCUCGAUAUCGUUCUCGAGCUCUGUAACCCCUCCGAUCUCUUCCGACGACUCUCUACUCAGCGGACCUUCUCCGAGUCUGAUGCCAUUGCCGUUAUGGUUCCGUUAAUGGAGGCGAUAGCGCAUUGUCACCGACUCGGCGUAGCGCACCGGGAUAUUAAACCUGAUAACAUACUGUUUAACGACUGGAACGAGCUCAAAUUGGCUGAUUUCGGCUCGGCUGAGUGUUUCCGCGAGGGCGAGCUCAUGAGCGGAGUGGUAGGGACGCCGUAUUACGUGGCGCCGGAGGUUUUAUCCGGAAGAGAUUACAAUGAAAAGGUAGAUAUUUGGAGUGCCGGUGUCAUUCUGUAUAUAAUGCUGGCCGGAAUCCCGCCUUUUUACGGUGAUUCUACGGUGGAGAUCUUUGAAGCUGUUCUCCGAGCGAACCUUAGGUUUCCAACGAGGAUUUUCCGUUCGGUUUCCCCGGCGGCGAAGGAUUUGCUUCGGGGAAUGCUGCGUAAAGAUGUUUCUAGAAGAUUCUCCGCUGAACAAGUACUUCAGCAUCCAUGGAUAACUAGCAAUGACGAGAGGAGAUCAGUUGCUGUUCUAGCUUGAGAAAUUUGGCUCCUCGAAAUUACCGUAGCUACUUUAUCUCAAACUGCUGCCAGGGAACAGCCCCUAAUUUGGACCUCUACCCAACACUAUAAAUGGAUGCAGAUAUUUUACCAUAGCUAGUUGUCUUGGCGGCUUCCUUCUUGUAGAGUAA